AACAACUAUCCAUCCAUCAUCCACAAGAGAAAAACCAAAACAAAAAGAGCACCAUCGACUUGAGAAGAAAACACUCAAUCCUAUCGGAUAGCAAUUUCGAAUUUCUUAGUGCCGAGCAGGAGCUACUCGUUGGACGCAUUUCCCUCCCACAUCGCUAGCCAUGAGGCUCCUCCAAUGGGGUCUUUCCCUUGGAUUACUUUCGACCAGCUUAUUCCCCACGGCGACAGCCAGAGGGAUACUGGCCAUAGACUAUGGAACUCAAUUUAUGAAAUUGUCGCUCGUCCAGCCUGGAAUCCCAUUCGAUGUCCUCCUCAAUCACGACUCUAAACGGAAAACCCAAGCCGUUGUUUCGGUCAGAGGCGAUGACAAGCUAAUUGGUGAUGAUGCUGCAGCCAUGGCGGCAAGAUACCCUCAGAACUCCUACCCUGGUCUGAAACUAUUGCUUGGUCAGCCGCUCGACUCUCCCGCCUACAAUCUACACCAAUCGUUAUACAACAUUCCCGCCGAAAGUACGACUCGAGGUACGAUCAAACUUAUGCCGCAACUCCCACCGAAGGGGAAUACUACCGUCACCUACCUGCCCGAGGAGCUCGUAGCCCUACAGUUCUCCUACGCUCGUGAACUGGCCGAUGCGGCCAGUGCCAACAAUCCAAACGCUGGCGUGCCCGGUCUCGGUGGUGAAAAGAUCACCGAUUGCAUCAUCACCGUACCCGGGUUUUUCAACCAAUUCGAACGCAAAGCUCUUCUCGAUGGGGCCGAAUUGGCCGGAUUGAAGGUGCUCAAUUUGAUCGACGAUGGGGCUAGUUUCGGGGUGAACUAUGCGAUGAUGAGGACGUUUGGGAACAAGAAGACGGGCUCCAAGUCGACUGCUGCUGAAGGAGGACCAGGGAUCGAAACCCACUUGAUCUACGACUUCGGGGCUAGUUCGAUCAAAGCCACUGUGAUCGAAUUCUCGAUGUUUGAAGAAAAGAUCCAUGUGUCCUCUAAGACCAAGAAGAAUGUGACGAUGGUCGAUGUGAAGGGUUAUGGCCAUCAGAGAAACAUGGGCGGACUGGUGUUCGAUCAGAAGAUUCGCGAUCUCCUCAAGCAGGACUUCCUCACUCAGACCAAGAUUGAUGUCAGUAAGAAUGAUCGGGCGAUGACUAAACUUUUGCGUGAGGCGACCCGGGUGAAGCAAGUCUUGAGCGCAAAUGCUGAAAGUCAGUCCAGGAUCGAAGGCCUAGUAGACGAACAUGAUUUUAAAUCGACACUCACUCGUCAAGCUUUCGAAGACGCUUGUGUCAAAGAGAUCCCUCAAUUCACUCAGCCAAUCCUUGACGCCCUUGAACAUGCGAAAAUGAGCAUGGCAGACAUCAAGUCGGUUAUCCUAGUAGGUGGAUCAUCACGAGUGCCUAUGGUUCAAGCUGCCGUCAAAUCACUUGUUGGAGAGGACCGCAUCGCAGUGAAUGUAAAUGCAGACGAAGCGGCGGUGAUGGGAGCCGCACUGUACGGGGCCGGGAUCAGUCGGCAAUUCAAGACCAAGGACGUCCGGAUCCACAACGUCUCUCCUCACGCCAUCGCGGCCUCAUACAAUGUUACCAAGCCUCUCACUCAGACUGAUGCUGCUUCGGCUGAAGUUGCGGCUACCAAAACUAUCACUACUACUUUGUUCCAAACUGGCUCGAAACUCGGGGCUAAGAAGGUCAUCAAGAUGAAGAAAGCCGAGGAUUUCUCGGUUCAGCUUGAUUACCUUAACCAGCCUUCUUACUUCCCAAGCUCGCUACUCAACGUCACCAUCCAUGGCAUCUCGGCAGCAUUGUUGAACUACACCAACGUAACUGGUCACGCCGUCCCUCUCAAAAACACGACGGUCAAGCUGGUGGUUGGAUUAGAUGAUUCUGAGCUGGUUCUUGUUCCUGAAGCGACUCUGAUCUUCCCGACUGAGACGAGUGUGGCCAACGAGGGAACGAUUGCGAACAAGAUUGCUGGAUUCUUUGGAGGUUCGACCAAGGAAGAGGCCGAAGAGGCGAUCGAGGAAGUCGCGACUGAGGAUGACAGCUCCUCCAAGAGCGAAUCCAAAGAGAAGGGAAGUUCGAAAGGAGCUCAAAGUGAAGUCGAAAAGGCUAAAGAAGCUUUGAAAGCUGAGAAUGCUGGCGCGACUGACACUGCUAGCAAGAAGCAGCAAGUCGAGAACAUGACCAUCAAGCUGACCAUCACACGUCAGAGCCUUGGGAUCCAGCCGAUGUCUACAAACGACAGGAUUGCCUCUGGCAAAUUCCUGCGUGAAUUGAAAGCAGCCGAGACUCGUAAGAGGAACCGCGAGGAAGCCCGGAACGCAUUGGAAGCUUACACGUACAAACUUCGCGACCGUCUCGAACAGCAGGUGUUCCAGUCCCACAGCACCGAACAGGAAACUAAGGACUUGAAGGCGGCCAGAGAUGAGGUCUCGGAGUGGUUGAACGAUUGGGCUGAACAGGCUCCGCUGAAGGAAUUGAAAGAAAAGAAACAGAAGUUAGAACGGUUGGAAAAGCCGAUCCAGAAACGGAUCGUCGAGACCAAAGAACGGCCGGCGGCGAUGGAGCGAUUGAAUGCGACUUUGGCGACGGCGCAGAGUACCCAACUGCUUCUGAAGCCGAUUCGCGAGGAUGGAGGGGAGUCUUCUCAGGACCCGAUGGCCAAGUACACCGACGAGGAGAUCAAGAGCUUUGCGGAGAUGGUCAAGACGCAGAAAGAAUGGUUCGAGGAGACCAGUCUCAAAGUCGCGCAACUCGAGCCGAAUCAGGAUCCGCCAGCUUCCGUCCAGGACUUCGAGGCGAGACUCAAGUUGGUCCAGAGUGAAAUCAAUAAGACCCUCCUCAAAAAGGCGCCCAAGAAGAGGAAGAACGCCGAUCAACAGCCGCCCUAUAGCGCUAAACCUUCCCCCGCUGAUUCGACAAUCAACCAAACUCAACAAUCCCACUCGCAAGAACAGGAACCAUCCUCGACUUCUCGUCCGGACGAUAAGGCUUCUGCUGAGGUUCCUGAACCGGCAGAGGAAACUCAUUCGAAGGAUGAGCUGUAGAGCACUUGUUUCUUGGUAUACAUAUACCUCGUUUUUUUUUUUUACUUUUUGUUUCUUUGAGGAUUUUUUUUUUUUUUUUCAGUUUAUGUUUCCGCUCUUCAUUUUUUUUUUUUCAUUUUUUUCUUGUUUUGCUUUUGCUUUUUUUUCUUCUUUUCUUUUCGGUCUUGUAGAAAGUCUUUUUUUUUUUCUUUAGGUCCUGAUCAUCAUACAAAAAAAAAUUGUAAGUACUGCAAUCAGUCUGCAACCUACACCAACAACAACAACAAAAAACAAAAACGUAUAUAUAGAUAGAAAUUCAUAGAUUCUUUUUUUCUUUCUUAUCCUCCAUCAAGUCAAAGAAGAUUUAUUUCUCAAAAACAAAGAUAUAUAUAAAAC